GACCCCGCCUCUCCCCGGCGCUUCUAUAAACACACCGGAGAAACUGUCAUGGAGAGGGGAGGAGGCUGAGGGGGCCGUUUGGGGCCGCUCCUGGAGCUCUCCGCCUCAUUUCUGAACGGGCUCCUUCACCCUUCAUCCGAGAGGGCCAGAGGCUAGACCCGAGGACGCAUUGAAAAAAUAAAUCCCCGUUGUUCCCCGGGGGCGGAGCCGGCCGACUGACCAAGGCUGCGAGGCUCGGCCUGCGAGCCUGCGGACAUGGAUGACAGCAAGGUAGUUGGAGGCAAAGUAAAGAAACCAGGUAAACGUGGUCGGAAGCCAGCCAAAAUUGACUUGAAGGCAAAACUUGAGAGAAGCCGGCAGAGUGCAAGAGAAUGUAGGGCCAGAAAGAAGCUGAGAUAUCAGUAUCUGGAAGAAUUGGUGUCUAGUCGGGAGAGAGCCAUCUGUGGUCUCAGAGAAGAACUGGAAAUGUACAAGCAAUGGUGCAUGGCAAUGGAUCAAGGAAAAAUCCCCUCUGAAAUAAAAGCUCUCUUAACUGGAGAGGAACAGAGCAAAUCUCAGCAGAACUCAAGCAGACAUACCAAGGCUGUAAAAACAGAAGCCAAUAACAAUUCCUGGUGAAGAUCAUUUCCAUUUAAACUCCUGAAUCAGUUGCUGAAUUGAAAAUUCAGAAUUACAUGAAGGAUGGACAAGAUUGGGCUUUGGAAUUUAAUCUGCUACCUACAAUUCAGUGGUCAUUUAUGUUAACCUACAGUUGUUGACCAAAAUCUGUAAUUGUACCUGUUGAAGGACCUUGCUUUAACCUUCUUCAACAACAGGAAAAUUCAGAAUAUUCAGUCCUCUUUCAUUUGAUGUUGAUAGCUACAGUAGGUUUGCACAUGAUGUGAUACUUAGAAAAUCCCAUGUGGCAUGGAGGACAAUAAUUUUAAAAAACAGUAGUUUUGCACCUUAGCUCCAUAUUGGUUAAUUAUGUUUUUUUCAUUUAAUUGUGUGUGUUGGUGUCACUUCAUUUGCUUUGGUUUUUGUAUAGGCUUAUUCAGAGAAACCAGAUAGGCUGUUUGCUAAAUUAUAAGUCUUCAGCCUUUAAAAUGGACCUGAACUUCUUUUAUCAAAUUUACUUGAGUGAUUUGUAAUACAUAUUUCCUGCAGGAACCACAAGUCAUGCAUCAUUCCAGCAUAAAUUGUGCAUAUGUGUUAACAAUUAUAUGCAUUUCUAUUUUUGUAAUCUGUGAUGACCUUUCUGUUGUAUUGUACCCAUAGGGACAAUCCACAUGAAAAGCUAUUUUGGGAAGCUUCUCUUGGAAACUCUUGUAGCUGUCCUCCCCACUAUUGAAAUUUCCCCAUCUAUAUUAGCAAGUAAAGUAAUCAGAUUUUAAAAUUACUUUUCAUGUAUUCAGAUGCAGUGAGCAGUUUGUUAUUGCUGAAUGUAGACAGGUAUAUUUAAAGAAAGAGAUACUAAGACACUUUUUUUUUGUACACUCAACAAGCUUGGGAGACUAUUCUAGAGAAAAUAGUUUAAAAUUAGCUGCUGGUCCUUCAAGAUCUUGUUUCUACCUCAAGAUCUGUAAUAAGGUGACAUACAGUUUGCUUAUAGCUCUAAUGGCUGCUACAGUAACCAAAAUACCAACCUUCUUUUCCUGAUGUGAGAUUAAACGAGAUUGGGCCUGAUUUGUGCUCCAUUCUGAGAAAGGCACAAUAGACUAUUAUAUGUCUGUCUUUACUUGUUCGAGUCAGAUAGAUCUACCAGAGAGAAACCUAUAUCUUGUGUGUCCAAGGAAAACCCAGAGCAAAUGAAUGUACUUUGGUCCUGCCCAAGCCACACCCCUCUUCCUGCCUCGCAUGUUAGGCCCAAACAUUGAUGUUAUGGCCAAACACAUUACUUCCAUAAAUGUGUGAGGUCAGGGGGAGCAGAGAACAAUUCUUCCACUGACUUUCCCCAUUCAUAUCCAAGCCUACAUAUAUAUGAAGUUAUAUUUUCCCCAACAGAGGGUUGGUACAGUAUGAGGAAUCAGGCUUAUGACAAAGUAUAAAAAUCUUUGAAAAUGUACUUGUUUAAAAUAAAUACAAGUUAAGUACUAGAUACGGUUUAAUUUUUCUACUCCUGAUUCUAUGAUGAGGUCCUUUUUCAUUGUCUCUUUCUUAAAUAAUCAAAUCAGAAGUAUGAUCUCUUACUACUAAACCACAGGUAUAUGUAAUUGGUCCACUCUUCCCUAUCAGUUGGCUUUUUCACCAAAUGUCCAUUAUCGAAUGUUAGAGAAGACACAUCUUCUGUAGGCAGAUGAUGUGGAUCAUGACUGGAAACACAAAAGUGAAUAUAUAUUCUCUUUGGACUGGAAGGCAUGCCAUCCUCUGGUCUGAGAGCCUAAAAACCCACUGUUCUUUGGAGUGCAAACUUGUGUUUGCACCUUUGGAGUUAUAUACCACCAGUAGUAGACUACUAGCUCAGCCUUUCCCCUCUCCCCAAUUUUGUGUUUUGGAGCAAUAAAGGGAUGAAGAAUAUUUAACGUCUUAGAAAUGGGAUAUGUUUUUGUUGUUUUCGGUUUCUUGAUCAUAUAUGUUUUCCAAAAUGCCCUAAGACUUGGUUUACAUUGUUUCUAGACCAUUUGAAUACCGUCCAGGUAGUUAUUGUAAAUGUAAUUAUUCCAAAACGAAAGUGGUUGUUCAAUGGAAUGUGCCUGUUAUGCUUGAAAUAUUUCCUCCUUGGUAGUAAUUCUGUAUCAUGUGGGGUCAUUUGAGCUUUUGUUAUAAUAUCUUUACAAGAGCUGAUAAUUUUGCCCUCACAUAGAAGAUAUGAAAUUCAUGUAAGAGUAAAUUAUAAUUUGUUGUGCUUACUUUAUUCCCAGAACUUUCACUUUAUUCUUUGUGGACAAACAGAUGAAACCAAGAGAAGGUACCUUGGCUUUAAAAAGAAUGUUUUCAGUACUUUUGGGAUUGUGCUGUCAGUGUAUUUUGGUUACUUUAAAGUAUGAUAAUAAAUGUCAUUGAUUAAAUGAA